AUGGAUUUCGGAUCAGUGAUGGAGUUUUUGGGGUGUGUGCCGUUACUCCAGAGGCUUCCCAGCUCGUCUCUGAAGAAGAUCGCUCAAGCUGUCUCAGUCAAACGCUACGGGCAAGGAGAUUAUGUAGUUCGUGAAGGAGAAGUUGCGGAUGGGAUUUACUUCAUCUGGGAGGGCGAGGCUCAAGUCUGUGGGUCCUUUGAUGCACAUGAUGAAAAUAGCCCUGAGUUUCUGUUAAAGCCAUACGAUUAUUUUGGCCAUGGUAUAGCAUACUCUACUCAACCGGCAGAUGUGGUUGCAUUGUCUAAGCUUACUUGCUUGAUCCUUCCUAAGGAGCACGAAGAUCUUCUAAAACCCAAAUCAAUUUGGAGCGCCGACGAGACUCAGGAGAAACGGCCACUUGUGGAGCAAAUUCUACACUUAGAUCCUGUCGAUGUUAACAUUUUUAAGGGUAUUACAUUGCCUGAAGCUCCAAAAUUUGGGAAAGUGUUCGGAGGGCAAUUUGUUGGGCAGGCACUUGCAGCAGCGUGUAAAACUGUUGACUGUCUAAAGAUUGUUCACAGUUUACAUGCAUAUUUCCUUCUUGUUGGUGAUUUUGACAUUCCAAUAAUCUAUCAAGUGCAUCGUGUUCGUGAUGGAAAAAGCUUUGCCACCCGAAGGGUAGAGGCUGUACAGAAGGGAAAUAUCGUGUUUACUUUGACGGCAUCUUUUCAAAAAGAAGAAGCAGGAUUCAUACACCAGGUGCCAACAAUGCCUUCCAUGCCUGCUCCAGAAGAGCUUUUAUCACUGGAAGAGUUGAGAGAAAGGCGUCUUACUGAUCCUCGCCUUCCCAGGACAUAUCGAAACAAGGUUGCUAGUGCAAAAUUUGUCCCUUGGCCCGUAGAGAUAAGGUUCUGUGCACCUAAUACAUCCACCAACCAGACAAAGUCUCCUCCAAGUUUAAGAUACUGGUUUAGAGCGAAGGGAACUCUUUCAGAUGAUCAGGCUUUGCAUAGAUGCGUUGUGGCAUAUGCUUCUGAUCUAAUGUUUCUCCAAAUCAGUCUGAAUCCUCAUCGUGAAAAGGGUUUGAAGUCGUCUUCUGUCAGCCUAGAUCACUCGAUGUGGUUUCACAGGCCGUUUAGGGCUGACGACUGGCUUCUAUUUGUGAUUGAUAGUCCAAGUGCUCAUAGCGCGCGAGGUUUUGUUUGCGGACAAAUGUUUACUGUGAAAGGAGAGCUUGUUGUUUCAGUGACUCAAGAGGGCUUAUUGAGGAGAGCCAGAGAACCACCAGCUUCGGGCGGCCAGUCGAAAUUGUAA